GGGCGGAGUAGACUGGCCGUGCGAGGAGAACCCGGGGCCCUCCGGUCGUGCUAGCGUGAGAUCCGGCGUCUGGUUUCGGGCCGGCGGUCGGCUCGAUGGUGCGGGAGACGGGGUACUACGACGUGCUGGGGGUCAUCCCGUCGGCCACCGAGGCCGAGAUCAAGAAGGCCUACUACGUCAAGGCGAGGCAGGUCCAUCCCGACAAGAACCCCACUGACCCCCUCGCGGCCCAGAUCUUCCAGGAGCUCGGCGAGGCGUACCAAGUACUCAGUGACCCCGCACAGCGUCAAACAUACGACUCAUAUGGGAAAUCUGGUAUUUCAACGGAAACAAUGAUUGAUCCGGCAGCUAUUUUUGUUAUGCUAUUUGGUAGUGAGAUUUUUGAGGAUUACAUUGGUGAACUGGCGAUGGCAUCCAUGGCCUCACUCGAUAUUUUUGGUGAAGAUGAACAGAUUGAUGAAAGGAAGUUGCAAGACAAAAUGCGUACUGUACAAAGGGAAAGGGGGGAAAAACUAGCAGAAAAACUGAAGAAUAGAUUGAACGUUUAUGUUCAAGGAAACAAACAUGAAUUUAUCCAGAUUGCUGAGGCUGAGGUGUCGAGACUUUCUGAUGCAGCAUAUGGGGUUUAUAUGCUGAGUACUAUUGGUUACAUGUAUUCAAGACAAGCUGCCAAGGAGCUUGGAAUAAAAGCUAUCCUUUUGAGGGUUCCGUUUAUAGCUGAAUGCUUUCGAAACAAAGGUCAUUUUAUUAAAUCCCAAGUGACAGCUGCAACAGGUGCAAUAGCUCUUAUGCAGUUGCAGGAAGACUUAAAGAAGCAUCUUAGUGCGGAAUGUAAUUACACCGAGGAGGAUCUUGAAGCUUACAUGAAGAGUCAUAAAAGUGUUAUGGUUGAUUCGUUGUUGAAGCUUAUUGUUGCUGAUAUAGAGGCAACCCUGUCACGUGUCUGCCAAAUGGUGCUUCAAGAUAGUAGUGUUAGGAGGGAGGAACUGAGAGCUCGAGCUAAAGGAUUGAAAACUUUAGGCAAAAUAUUCCAGCGUGUUAAGCUCAACGUUGAAGGGGAAGCACCAACAGUGCCGAAUACGAUAAAUAAUUUUGAUGAUAAUGAUCCUGCCUUUGGACGGUUGAACUGUCUGAAAACACUGUCAAAUGUUUGUGGAAGGAUGCUGCUGAUCAGGUGUAUAUGUGGGAAAUUUUGAGAACAGAAUCAGGCAGGGAUUCAUCUCACCUUUUGUGCUAAAAAGUAAUCGAUGGCUUGCAAGUUUUAAUCCUGAGCAUGUUCAGUUCCUCCAUCGCUCAGCUCAACUAUGAAAUGAUGUAUCUAUCCGGUCCAGACUUCAGAUCUGGAAAUCAUUUUUUUAGCACAAACUUGAUUUGUAAACAGAUGUCUCAAAUAUCAAUGGUGUAUGCUAUCAUUUGUUGAUAUAAUUUAUGAUUUUGUAAUUUUUACUA